AUGAUUCCACACCGAAAAUAUUGUCCAAAACUUGUAUCGAAGAAAAAGGGUGGGGUGCUUCUAUUAGGGGCCUUACUGCCGAAAAUUAUUUCUUAUUCUUGGUACACAGUUGUUCAUUUUCUGUCUUGCCUGAAUUUCCUUGGACACCGGGCCCACUUCGCUAGCACCCGCCAUUGGAAUUUAAUCGCUGAAAAAGUUCCCUUUACCGUUUUGUAA